AUGAGCUCCGACGGCGAGAAGGUCCGUACCUCCGGUGAGGUCGUGCGCGAGCAGACUCUCCCAACUGUCAACCCGGCGGCCGAGAAGCAGGAAGCCAAGUCUUCGCUUCACCCGGCAGUCUACGUGAGUAUCUGGAUCACUCUCAGCUCCAGUGUCAUUCUCUUCAACAAGUACCUACUCGAUUAUGCCAAUUUCCGUUUCCCUAUUGUCCUUACAACAUGGCACUUGACUUUCGCGACUAUCAUGACCCAGAUCCUUGCCCGCACCACUACCGUUCUCGAUGGCCGCAAGAGCGUCAAGAUGACCGGGCGUGUCUACCUCCGCGCAAUUGUCCCCAUCGGUCUCAUGUUCAGUCUUUCCUUGAUUUGCGGUAACAUGACUUAUCUAUACCUGAGUGUUGCCUUUAUUCAGAUGCUCAAGGCCACUACUCCCGUUGCUGUCCUUAUUGCUACCUGGGGUAUGGGCAUGGCUCCCGUCAACUACAAGACUCUCAUGAACGUUUCCAUCAUCGUUGUUGGUGUCGUUAUUGCUUCCUUCGGAGAGAUCAAAUUCGUCAUGGUUGGAUUCCUGUUCCAGCUUGGUGGUAUCGUCUUCGAGGCCACCCGUCUGGUUAUGGUGCAGCGCCUGCUCAGCUCCGCUGAGUUCAAGAUGGACCCCAUGGUCUCUCUUUACUACUUUGCGCCCAUUUGCGCUGUCAUGAACGGUUCCGUUGCCCUGUUCCUGGAGUUCCCCCACCUCACCAUGGAUCACAUCUACAACGUGGGCAUCUGGGUCUUGGUCGCCAACGCUAUGAUUGCUUUCUUGUUGAACGUCUCCGUCGUUUUCUUGAUUGGCAAGACUUCGUCUCUGGUUAUGACUCUGUGCGGUGUCCUCAAGGAUAUCCUGCUCGUUGCCGCCUCCAUGAUGCUGUGGAACACCCCAGUCUCUCCUUUGCAGUUCUUCGGUUACUCUGUCGCUCUUAUCGGUCUUGUCUACUACAAGCUCGGCGGUGACAAGAUCCGUGAGUACACUGGUCAGGCUAACCGCGCCUGGGCUGAGUAUGGCAACAAGCGCCCUGCCCAACGCAAGUUUGUCAUCUUUGGCGCUGCCGCUCUCAUCUUCUUCCUUUUCAUUGGCACCAUGGCCCCGGGCUACGCCCCCGAAUCUGUCAAGUCCGUGACUGGCAUGCUUGGUGGUGCCACCCCGGCCAACUAA